AUGAAUUUCUUCGUCAGAGCGCUUUACGCCACCUACAUAGUGUCGAAGUUCCUGAAUCCAGCGGACAGGAUAAUCGCCUGGUGUCAGCACCAACAUUGCCGAGCCGAGAUCGACGCUACGCGGGCAGGGGAGCGGCCUCAAACGACAUCGAAACUCGCAGCAUUCAAAUUAUUUCUCGACGAAGACGGGCUACUCCGGGCCGAGACCCGACUCACCGAAGGCCCCUUCUUCACCCACGACGAGCGAAACCCAGUUGUCAUUCCUGGCGAGUCCAGAUUCGCAAAGUUGCUCAUUAUGGACUCGCAUCGGGUGAACGCCCACUUCGGCGUGAAUACGAUCCUGAAUCACCUCCGGCGACGGUUUUGGGUUACUCGGGCUCGGCAGAUAAUUAAGGGAAUCCUGCAUCGAUGUGUCACCUGCCGACGGAGACAAGGAAAAUUUGCCCGACAGAUCGAGGCCCCGCUCCCCGAGGCCCGCUUGGAGUUCACGGUUCCUUUCCGAGUGACCGGAAUCGACUUCUGUGGACCGUUCUUUGUCACCCAUCAGAAGACCACCUCGAAGGCGUACGUAGCGUUGUUCACUUGUGGAGCAAGUCGCGCGAUUCACCUAGAGCUGGUGCCAUCACAGAGUACUCCGCAAACUCAUUUGGCGAUCCGACGUUUCCUUGCUACGUAUCCCGGUUGCGUCAAGUUCAUCUCGGAUAAUGGUUGUAAUUUCGUGAAAGCUGCGACGGAUAUCAAACGUCUCUUCAAUGCGAUGAAGAAGAAAGAGACAGCCGAGACUUUGGAGGGACGAUCGAUAGAUUGA